ACGGGGGGAGAGAGAGAGAGAGGGAGAGAGAGGAGUCCGUGAGAGACACCAACACCAAUUUCACCCACUUUUUUUUUUUCCUCGUCUACUUUCAAGUUUAUUGACGCGUCCAUUUCAGAUGAAGAGGUGUGCCUGUCCAUGCGGUUUUGACUCGGAAAGAAGCCCCGAACAGCCGGAUUCCCAGCCUCGGAGUGAGUGAGGGAGGGAGUGAGGGGUUGUGAAGCGGAGUAUUGCCUGCCGUGUGCGAAACGUGUCCGUCUUUCCGACCCGAUCUGGAGAAUUACAGACGAACUUGUGCUUGAAGAAGAAAAGAAACCCUGAGCAGCGCCUGAAACUGGACGAGCUGUGGAUUAACACCGAUUUAUUCUGGAGCAGUUACAAGUUGGGUCAAUAAUUAAUUAAGAUAUUUACAUAACGGGGGGAAAAAUCGGCUCUGUCUCUAUUAAUAAAACCAAACUUGUGUGAGAUCAAUAAGCCCGGCGUGUUUUUGCCCCGUGGUGGAGUUUGUGCGCCUGAGGAACCUGCAGCAGGCCUGAUAAACACGGCACAUUCCUCUCGGGUUGGAUUUGUACUAAUUACUUCUGAAAAAGAUGUCCAUUAAGCCGCUAAGAUGAAGAUUUGUAUCCAUUUGCCCUUCCACCUGAGUACGAGUUCACCUGGUUUAAGUGCACUGUUGUGUCGAGUCCCGGAGCAGGAGGAGGAUUAGAUCGGAGCCCAGAUCACACUGAGCACCACGCUGGGCUUGUGCUCCGUGUUUGGGGCCGCUUUGCUUCAACUUUUUCCCAACUUUCCCCUGAACUUAUCCAACUGUCUCGUUUUUUUUCUUCUUAAUAAGAAUAACUGUGUUGCAAAGCUCUGAAGGCACCACAAAUCGGAUUUAAGGAUUUUUUUUUUCCCUCCCAGAAAAGCAAAAACAACCGUGUGUGAAGGCACAAUGCGACCGAACUCCUCGCUGGCUGUGUUGCUCACCUUUCUCAGCGUUCUGUUGCGUUCUGGAUCUUUAAAUGCUGAAAUCUGCUCCAGCAAAGACAUCCGGAAUGACGUGACCAACCUGCGCUCUCUGGAGAACUGCACCGUGAUUGAGGGCCAUCUGAAGAUCCUGCUCAUGUUCAAGACCCGAGCUGAGGACUUCCGUGGCCUGAGCUUCCCCAAGCUGGUGAUGAUCACCGACUACCUGCUGCUGUUCCGCGUCUAUGGCCUGGAGAGCCUGAGGGAUUUGUUUCCCAACCUCGCCGUCAUCCGCGGCAACAACCUGUUCUUCAACUAUGCCUUGGUGAUCUUCGAGAUGCUGCAGCUGAAGGAGGUGGGGCUUCACGGCCUGUUGAACAUCACACGUGGAGCCGUGCGCAUGGAGAAGAACCCUGACCUCUGCUACCUCUCUACCCUUGACUGGUCCAAAAUCCUUGACUCUGUGGAGGACAAUUACAUCGUGGCGAACAAAAAUGAGCGUGAGUGCGGUGACAUUUGUCCCGGAACCAUCGCUGGAAAGAUCAAGUGUGUCCAGACCACCAUCAAUGGCAAUUUUGGAGAACGCUGCUGGAACCAGGAUCGCUGCCAGAAGAUUUGUCCUGCUGCUUGUAAGCAUCACACCUGCACCUCGUCCAGUCAGUGCUGCCAUGAUCAGUGUCUGGGCGGGUGCUCGGAGGUGGGCAGUGCCAAGGCGUGUGUGGCGUGUCGUCACUUCCUACAUGAAGACACCUGCGUUGAGCAAUGUCCUCCCGGUUACUACACCUUUAAAGGGUGGCGCUGCGUCUCCUUCCAGUUCUGUCUGGAACUUCACAACCGCUGCAAACAGAUGAAAAGUAAAGACUGUCACCAGUACGUCAUCCACAACGGAGCAUGUAUCCCAGAAUGCCCUUCUGGAUACACCAUCAUGGACUCCACGUUAAACUGUACUCUGUGUGCUGGUCUUUGUCCUAAGCUGUGUACCGGAGUGCAGACAAUUGACUCUGUGACGGCGGCUCAGGCUUUGCGCGGUUGCACCGUCCUGAACGGCAGCCUCAUCAUAAAGAUCCGCGGUGGCAACAACAUUGCAGCAGAGCUGGAGGCCAACCUGGGUCAGCUGGAGGAGAUCACAGGCAACCUGACCAUCCGCAGGGCUUACGCUCUCGUCUCACUCUCUUUCCUCAGGAAACUCCGCCUCAUCCAUGGAGAGGCUCCAGAAAUCGGGAACUACUCAUUUUAUGCGCUGGAUAAUCAGAACUUGCGUCAGCUCUGGGACUGGUCCAAACACAACCUGACUAUCCUGCAGGGCCGCAUAUUCUUCCAUUACAACCCCAAACUCUGCCUCUCUGAGAUCCGCAAGAUGGAGGAAGUGACGGGGACCAAAGCACGACAAAUCAAGAACGACAUUGGACCUCGCACCAAUGGAGAUCAGGCUUCAUGUGAAAACCAGCUUCUGAAUUUUACUAGCAUCCGCACGUCGGCCAAAAAUAUAUUGAUCACAUGGGAGCCAUUUUGGCCCCGUGACUUCAGAGACCUGCUGGGCUUCAUGGUGCUUUAUAAAGAAGCUCCCUAUCAGAAUGUGACCGAGUAUGAUGGACAGGAUGCUUGUGGUUCUAACAGCUGGAUGAUCACGGACGUGGAGCCGCCGGAGAGGGCGUCCGACAUGAAGCGCGACCCCGGAUGUCUCCUGACGCAACUGAAGCCAUGGACGCAGUACGCCAUCAUGGUGAAAACGCAGCUGUCGGUCUCUGACGAGCAGCAGGUCCAAGGAGCUAAGAGCAAAAUCAUCUAUGUCCGCACCAACGCCAGCCAACCCUCUGUGCCUCUGGACCCCAUCUCCUCCUCUAACUCUUCAUCUCAGAUCAUUCUGAAGUGGAAACCUCCCACAGAGCCUAACGGGAACAUCACACACUACCGUGUGUCGUACCAGAAACAAGGGGAGGACAGCGAGCUCUACAAGUUUGACUACUGCCAGAAAGGAAUGAAGCUGCCAUCUCGCACUCCUGCAAACCCCAGCCCAGACGUCAAUUUAAAGUGGAAUCAGACUGAGGAUCAGAAUCAGAACACAAAGUGUUGCAGUUGCCCCAAAACCGAGAGACAGCUGAAGAAGGAGGCAGAGGAGCGCGAGUUUCGCAAGACCUUCGAGAACUAUAUCCACAAUGAGGUCUUUGAACCCAAAACACACCGUCGUCGCCGCUCAGUGGGAGUGGCGAACUCUACUCUCUUCUCCACCCUGACCCCAUCCCCUCAUCUGUCCAAUAGCUCCUCCCCUACUCCGAAGCCAGAGGAGAAGUUGGUGCUGAAGGUCGUUGGUAAAGAAUCGGUAGUCAUCUCGAACCUGCAUCACUUCACCAGUUACCAAAUCGAGAUCCAGGCGUGUAACCACCUGGAAGACCUGAAUUACUGCAGCGUUGCCACUUUUGUCAGUGCCCGCACCAUGCCUAAGGUCAGCGCAGACAACAUUCUGGGCCCCGUGACUCAUGAGAUCUUUCCUGAAGAGCAAGAGUUUGUGUACAUUAAAUGGCAAGAGCCCAAAUACCCGAAUGGCAUGAUCAUCCUGUAUGAGGUCCACUACCAUCGGCUGUCUGAUAAUGAGGAGCUGCAUCACUGUGUAUCGAGGAUUAGUUAUGAGAAGAACGGAGGUUGUAAAUUGAGAGUUGGACAUCCUGGGAACUACAGCGUACGAAUCCGAGCCACUUCACUGGCAGGAAACGGAUCCUGGACCGAGCCAGCUUACUUCUCUGUGCCGGACAACAACAUGAAUCUGAAGAUCAUCAUCGGCUCAGUGAUUCUGCUCAUCCUCUCGCUCUUUAUUGGAAGCACUGUCUGUUUUGUUCUCAGGAAGAAGCAAACUGAAGGACCCACGGGCCCGUUAAUCGCCUCAUCAAACCCAGAGUACAUCAGCGCAAACGAUGUGUACAUUCCUGAUGACUGGGAGGUGGCACGGGAAAAGAUCACGCUCCUGCGUGAGCUUGGUCAGGGCUCCUUCGGCAUGGUGUACGAGGGCGUCGCUAAGGAUAUCGUCAAAGGAGAAUCGGAGACCCGAGUGGCCGUCAAAACCGUUAACGAAUCAGCGAGUCUGCGCGAGAGAAUCGAAUUCCUCAACGAAGCCUCGGUUAUGAAGGCGUUCAGCUGCCACCAUGUGGUGCGUCUGCUGGGGGUUGUAUCAAAAGGACAGCCAACAUUGGUGGUGAUGGAACUGAUGACUCAUGGAGAUCUGAAGAGUUACCUACGCUGCCUCAGACCUGAUGCUGAGAAUAAUCCCAGCCGUCAUCCUCCCGCGCUUGGCGACAUGAUCCAGAUGGCUGCAGAGAUCGCAGAUGGCAUGGCCUACCUCAAUGCAAAGAAGUUUGUGCACAGAGACCUCGCCGCUCGCAACUGCAUGGUGGCCGAAGACCUCACUGUGAAGAUUGGAGAUUUCGGAAUGACCCGAGACAUUUACGAAACGGAUUAUUAUCGUAAAGGAGGGAAAGGCCUGCUGCCUGUCAGAUGGAUGGCUCCAGAAUCGCUGAAGGACGGCGUGUUCACAGCUCACUCAGACUGCUGGUCAUUCGGUGUGGUCCUAUGGGAAAUCAGUACAUUAGCUGAGCAGCCGUAUCAGGGCCUCUCCAAUGAGCAGGUGCUCAAAUUCGUCAUGGAUGGAGGCUAUCUGGAUCGGCCGGAGAACUGUGCUGAGAGGAUGCACAACCUGAUGCAGAUGUGCUGGCAGUACAACCCAAAGAUGCGUCCAACCUUCACUGAGAUUAUUGAGAUGCUGAAGGAUGACCUCCAUCCAUCGUUCCAGGAGCUUUCGUUCUUCUAUAGUGAGGAGAACAAGCCUCCAGAAAGCGAGGAGUUUGACAUGGACUUUGAGAACAUGGAGAGCAUCCCACUGGACCCAUCCUCGUACAACCAGAGGGAGGAAGGGAGUUUCAGUCGAGACGGCGGCCCCUACGAUGAGCACGUGCCCUAUACGCACAUGAAUGGGGGAAAGAAAAAUGGCCGAAUCCUCUCUCUGCCUCGCUCCAGCCCUUCAUAACAUUUCCUCAUCACACUGCUCAGUUCUUUAUCUAUUUGUUUUGUUUUUUUUAGUUUUUAAUUGUAAUAUUUUUUUUCAGAGGCCCUUAAAAACAGAUCUCAGGUCUUUUUUUUCUUAUUUUUGGACUUUCUUCCUGCUGUGGCGACGUGGUUGCAAAACAUCUUUUCUCCAGAUUCAUCCAAAUCGCAGUUCACUUGCGUCUCUUUUUCAUUUUGCCAAGUUUCCUGGUCGAUGGAGAAAUAAUUAAAAAACUGUGAAUAUGAACCUCUGUAAACCAGAAGGCUGCUUCAGCUAAACCUCUUUUCCCACUCAACCUUUAUUUCUUUCUUUUUUUUUAAAAUAAUUUUCUAAUUUUCAGAUCGUGGCCUUUAAUGAGUGGCCUAUAAAACAAAGAGAAUAUCCAUUUCCUCUGAGCAAUGACUUUAAAUAUAUCAGAGGACUUGUGAAGAGGGACAGCACAGACUAUUUUAAGAACAAACAUCGUCUUUGCGCAAAGGAGGAUUUUACUUCUGGGGGAUCCUUGAUCCUUUUCGCCGAUCCACUCUGGUGUUUGGUGAAUGCGUUUUUAAUUUAUUGGCUUUUUCUUCUUCCUCUUUCUUAGUUUUUGCUCGUAUCCUUUUUUAUGACUGAAGGAUAUUUAAAACAGUUAAGGAUUGGACAGGGGCGUUUCCUCAAGACUGACCAAAAAGCUGCUGCUUUGAUAUCUAGUGGGUAUAAAUAUAUAAUAUAUAUGAUAUAUAGAAUAUUGAUGGGAUAUAUAUAUAUAUAUAUAUAUAUAUAUAUAUAUAUAUAUAUAGGUACCAUUGAAAAUUUUGUACAUAGUUCAGUUUUUUAUGUCUUCAACAGAUCAUAUUUUUCAAUAACAAGUAUCUUUUUAUUUAAAACAUUCACUCACCCAGUAAACAGACAGAAUCACACUACUCAACACUCACACAGGAAAAUACCUGUAAUUAGUAACAUAACCUGUAGGGGGCGCUAAUUAAAGCAGGAGAGACAGUGAGACCUGAGAUUGUGGAAAAAAAAAAAGUAACCCCAUUUUUAGCCAAUAUUGGUUUGUUAUUGGUUCGUUUUUGACUUGCUGUGUUUUAGAGUUUAGCUAAAUAUUCAGUUUAUGGCAUAAAGUAACUUCAGGGUUUUAACUAUGCUUACAAAAAGUCUCUGGAAAAAAAAAAUCAGUUUUCUGUCAAAUAUUGUGUUGAAAAUUCUAAAACAGCAGCAACAAGAUGGCAUCAUCGUAAGAGCACAUCAAAAAUAGCUAAACAGUCCAACACCUGAGGUACAUAAUGCUUUACAAUACAUUGCUAACUAGCUAAACUUUCAGCAGCCAAGAUACGAGCCACUGUGACAAAAGCCACGCCCAAAACAGUACACCAUCGCUGGCUACAUAACUGUAUCAACGCACUACAUCAUUGUUUAUUAUCUUCACUUUAUCCAUAUGCCAACUAAUUACCUCAGUCAAAAUUCUCUUAAUGUUUCGCUGUCAAACAUGGGUACUAAAUAGUAAUAAUAACGCUAGCUGGUGUGUUCAUGUCUCUGAGGACUGUGUUAGUCAUGAGGCUGGAUGUUAAAGCAUGAGGUUUGGUUAAAUCAUUCAGCAGACAUCAAGACAUUCCAGUAAGUUUCCCAGAUUUCUCAAUUUAACCAAGAUGUCGCUUAGUGUGUGGGGAGAAAUACUGACGUUUUGGUUUGUUCUUGUGGAGAAAUAAAGGAAGUAUGGAGGAUGUUCGAAAUCGUCGCGUCACCUCACCGUGGUUCCAGUUGACGGAGUCUACCAAAGUAAAUUUAUCCCAAAAAUUGGACAAAGAUUCGAUACAUGAGAAAAGACUGCUUUUUGUUUCAAGUCACCUGAUUUUGUAAAGCUGUGUUCAGAAGAUUUCAGAAAUGCAAUUAUAUAGUUUGCGUUGGUGGACAUGUCUUUAUUUGUGCUGGUUAAGUAAGUGAUCCAGGAUUGAUGCACAUAAAGGAAUGGCUAAAGUAAUAGAUGAGGAAUAGAACCUAGAAGGUUAUAAAACUAUGAUUUAGCAUUACUGUUCAUCCUUCUAAAUUCUAUCAACACUAACAUGGCUAAGAGAAGCUGUUUGAGAAUCUAAAAGUUAGAAUGACUCUUGGCUUUUUUUUUGUCCUUCUAACUUCCACAAAAUGUGGCUAACAAAUUAACAGAGCGUUAAACCCAGAUGUUAGAAAUACUGGACUUGUAACUUGAAGAAAUGCUAAAAUAUGCCAAAAGAAACUAGUCGAGGAUUAAACUCCAGAUGUGAGCUUUAUUAAAAGCCACCGUAACUAAUAAUUAGCAGAGCAUUAAUCUCUGAAGUCAGAAUUAACAUUACUAUUGACGGUCAUCAACAAGUAGAUUCAAAAAUGUUAGCAAACCAACGCUAGCAGAGCAUAAAAGCCAGUUAGCAUUGUUGUUUGAAAUGUAUGCCUUUCUAGCUUGUAGAAAUGAUGAGGGGGGAAGCUAACCGAGCAUAAAACCCAAACUUAGAAUUAGCAUUACAGUUGGUAUUCAUGAAAUAGUAACUCCCAGAACUGCUAAUGUGGCUAACAGAUGCUAGCAGAGCAUGAAGCCCUGAAGUUAGCAUUACUGUCAGCUUUCAUCGACUUUUUCACAAAUGCUAAGCUUAGCCGAGGCGUUAAGAAUGCACAUUUUCUGAUAUUUUAUGAUAUGUCUAACCUUCUCGGUCUAAAAUAAUGUAAGAUGUUUGGAAGAAAUCCUCACUGCUUUCUAUAAUCUAUUAUCAUGAAGGUGUGUGGAAUUUUCUUAAACAUGACAUAUCUCUGAUAUUUGACAUAUAUUUAUUUUGAUUAUAUCUAACCCAGGGUACAUUUUAGUUCAGAUAAAUAGAGAGAAGCAGGUAUUAUGGCUGAACAGUCAGACUCAGUUUGUCAUGCUAAGUUGAGAAAUUAUUAUAUUUUUAAAAGUUGGGACACAGUCUACCUCAGUAAUUUACACAAUAUAGUCAAGCGGAGGACAUUUUUCUCUCUCUCUCUCUCUCUCUCUCUCUCUCUCUCUCUCUCUACAAUGCCUGUUAUUCAGCUAAUGACAUUUAAAGGUGAAGUUCAGUGAUCGUCCGCCACCACAACUAGAGCGCCUCACUUUUGCUAUUAAGAUUAAUUUAUCUGUUUGGGUUUUUUUUUUUCCCCCUAGGGGAAAUGAUUGUUCAACUGAUGACAUUACAGUAUAUUUCAUAGAUAAAGCCACUGAAAAUGGGACCUAAUUGAAAUGUAAAAAGUUAUAUUCCCACCGGGAUCCGUCAAAGUUCAUCUUAAGUCAUUCUGUGAUUUUUAUUUUUUAUUUAACCCCCCCCCAAACUUUUGGUAUUUAAAAAUAACCUGUUACUGUAAGACAGGGUCUCUGGAAGAGAGUCCACUUUAGAUUGAGCGCCCCCUUUUGAAGUUUGGUCUGUAGUGUAUGUGUGAUCACCACUGACAAUGAUUUCAGUACAUGUCUCUGUACUCAGUAAAGAACAGAACGUUAGUUAACUCGAAACUCAUUUAUAAUAGACAUCUAGAUUAGCAAAGAAGGCUAACUGCACUAGGCACUAGCUACACACACUCACCAGGAGCACCAACAAUCUCUGCUACUUCCUUUCAAGUUUGUUUGUGUGUGUGUGGUUUUUUUUCCCCUUAACAUGUUAGUGAGGUCGUACCGGUAUAUGAGAGGAUUUGAUGAACCAAUGGUUAUAAUUUUUUUUUUUUUGGCCAGAAUUGGAACUAAUUUCAAGUAGGAACUAAAGUUGUGAGCAGGAAACUCAAUAAUCAUUGGACCGCACGUGGCAUACGAUUGAUUGAUUGGUCUGAGGAAUCAUUUGAGCCAACGAUUUCUUGUUUUCCACCAUCAUUACCAGUUUGCAAAGAAUUGAGUCUCGGUUCAAAUCUCACGUGUUGCUGAAAUCAUGGCUGCAUGUUGCUCUCCUUUGUCACAUCUUCCAGUGACCGUAGGAUAAGAGGUGUUGAAUUCCGUCAAGAAAUAAUAUUUUUGCAAGCCAUAUUUUUGUAGGAUGCAUUUAAAUAGUACCCAUUCAGUCCGAGUUGUUUUUGAAUGAAACUUGUUCCUUUCAACAGUGAGACUACUUUUUCAGAGGGGAGAAGCAUAAACCUGAACGUGUCAUGUUACCAGAAGUAGUUUUUACUUUAUUACUGCCACAUUUGAGUUAAAUAAAACUUCACAAGAACCACUUGGGUGAGUCUUGUACUGUAUGUCCGUAACAUUCAAACACCUUUACUGUUCCAGUGGAGUGAGUAGCUUCCUGGUUUUGUGUUGUAUAGGCACACGUAGAUAUCGACUGCCCCUACAACUGCCCUUCGACUUCUUCUAUUAUAAGUGAAUUUGGUGUAAAGGAGAUUUCUGUUCUUUUCUCAGCGAAUGGAAAUGUUUAGAAAUGUCCUGUCUGUGGUAAUCACACACACGCUGUAGAUGUGGUGGAUAGAGAUCAUGUCGAAAAGUGCUGAAGUUUUCCUUUUGUUUUGUGAAAAAAGGAGAAUUUACAUUCAGUGCAACAACCUCAAACAAUACCAGUGGGUUUAUUCACACAUCAAACUUUUAUAUUAAAAAAAAAAAACUGGAGGUGAGUGAUAAGUGUCACAGGACACAUAAAGAAAUCCAGCAUAAGCUUAUUACGCUCUUGGUUUGUUCUGCUCAUGUCAAAUUAUUUCUCUUGUUUGGACACAAUAUGAAAUCCCUUUGUUCUGUCAUGAUGAAAAUAGUGCCCUUUCUUGUGUGAACUGAAUGUGUUUCCUGUUCAAUGUUUUUGUCUGUCGUUUCAUCAAUGUAUUUUUCCUGACUGUGAAAAUGGAGAGUUAUUGCUAGUGUUGUUCGUGGGUUUGGGGGAGAUGGACGCUACACGCCUCCCCUUGUGCAUGGGUUAGCUCUUCUAGGACAAUCCUGUGUGCCAAAAAUGUUGUUUUCAUGUUUUAUUUUUCUUUCAACAAAUCUGGGCUUAAGAUGAAUUCUCAGGAAGGCUCGAGCAUGGGAGGCUCAGCUCACUCCCUCAGCCUCUUGAUCAUACUAGAAAUUCGUCAGGCUCUUUAUUAUUUCUGGCGGAGUCUAGCAACGCAAGUGAAGAGCAUACAUGGCGCGUCCUGUAGCCUAAAGGCCCUUACCCACAGUGCCUUGCACAGACUUCAAACCAAACCCAGCCAUCAGACUCCCCUGGACUUGGAGCGUUUCUCUCAGACGGAGAAAACAGACUUGUUGGGACACUUCCCGGAGUAUUAACCCACAUGAAUUGGGUUUUUUAAAAUGCGUAGUCUGAGAUAAAGGCAAACUUUUAAUGGGUUAAACCUUUUUUUGUUUUAUCCCCCCCCAUUUGUUUGUUUGGGGUUUUUUUUUCUCCCUUCUUCUGCUUGGCUCAAUAUUACUGUAUGGGUAUGUGAAUGAUGUUCAUGUUUUUUUUUCCCCUUCUUUUCCUUGUUUGUUUUUAAAGCUGAACUUGUCUCUGCUUGGAAUUGCUGUGGCUUUUUGAUUUAAUGCAGCAAAGCGAAUGAUCAUUUUUACCCGUAAACUUUCAUAUGCUCCCUGAAUCAUCACUAGAAUAAGAUCCUAGUGCAGAAGAAAACAGGGAUAGAAGCAUACGCUAUGUAGUAAUUGAAAAUAUUUCUAGAAAACAUGAUGAAAAAUAAAUCGUAAUGUAGAAAGCAGCAGGUUCCCCGCAAACACACAGCACUUAAUUUUAAGUUUAGAAAUUUUUUUUUUCAAGAAAGCAAACUGGCAGUGUGACAGGCUGAAGACAAGGCAUUGUAUGUAUUUUAUUGUUCUAAAAAAAAAAGGGAAAAAAGUAUUACAUUAUUAGAGAUGUUCAUUUCUAUUUUUUUAGCCAAAAGAAAAAAAAAACAGGGAGGGGCAAAAAAUUCUUUUCUGACUGUAAACUUUUUUGCUAUUCUUGUACAUUAUGAAAUGAAAUUUGCAUUAACAUUGUAUAUAGUCUUUUUUGAGAGAAAAAAAAGGAAAAAGCGGGACAUCCUUUUGGUCACCGCGGUCUGGUCGUUUCUCAUUUUCAUGUACAGCCGCUUGUUUGCCAUCCAUGAAAUCAUCGCUGUCUGUUUCUCAGCGUUUUAUAUCACAGAUCUCACCUUUCUAUGUAUGUAUGUAUGUAUGUGCGUUUUUGUGCUUUGUAUGAUAUGAAAUUCUCUGUGGUGAGGUGAAAACUGAACAAGAUUGAUGGAGAAUCUUUAAGGUCACGUUUGACCAAAAAAUUUUUUUAAUAAGUUUAAAUAAUAAAGCAAUGAUUCAGUGAGAAAUUCAAAUUUAUACCAAAAUGAAAUUUGCUGCUUUAGUUUCAGAGGCUGAUGGAGAGAACAAGUAAUACAUUUCACCCAAAAGAUUUAGUGUCGACUAUAAACAUGAACUAAACUUCGUGUAGCAGAACACUGGAACAUUACUGUCGUAGCCAUACUUUUUUUUUUUUUUUUACUUUUUUUUAAAGCAUAAUUUAGUGUCCCUUCAUAUAGGUCCCGCCCAUUAAAGUUUAAAAAUGAAAUCAUACAAAAAUGCUGUGAAGGUUACAUCGAUGAUUUAAGUUCCAUAUUAAAAUUCUUUGUCUAAAUGCAGACAGUUGCAUAUUUUUAACAAAAAUUUCUUGAUAACUAUCAUGAUGCAUAAUAUUUAUGUUUGUUAACAAUUGCCAGCAAAGUGGUCGUGCAAUACUCCAAACAUUUUUAAAAAACUUUUACUUAACAAUAAAUAAAUAUGAUAUGAAAAAGGAGUCAAUAUUACAAAAAUAAACUGGGAGAAAAAAAAUUAAACAGCGCUGAAUUUAUUAUUACUUGUUGCUUAUUACUAUAAGCAACAGAGUAUAAAUAAAUGCUCGUGAUAUUAACAUAUUGUCAUCGCACUCAACUUUCCUGUUUUAUAAGAGUUGGGUAUAAAUGAGAUUAUAGAGCUCGUCAGUGUCAUCUGAAACAAGUAUAUGAUAUAAAAUCUGGGCUUGUAUUGAUUGAAGGAAUUUUGGGUGAGACUUUCAUUACUUGUUAGCUCAUUUAGACUCCUAACUCCGGGGGGGAAUAACAAGCAAACCUUUAGGUGAAUUUAUAAUUUCCAAAUCUCAAAUAUAGAUUUUUAAAUCAAAAUCAUAAUUUUCUGCAUUCUAAACCUCUGUUCACCUUGCCGUUCUCUCGCCAUCAUCUUUUCAUCGGUCUCUUUCUCCUUUUUCCUGUUAUUUCCUUGUCACUUGUUGUCAGACACACUGAUAAACCUGUGACAUAGGGAGUUAUUUGGUGACAUCACACACACACACACAACCACAAGACAAGCCCUUGGUCGUGCCAUCAAUCUCGCAUUACUUACACACUCCUCCUGUGUGUGUAUGUGUAUAUAUAUAAAACCACAAUCACAAGCUCCAUGACAUAAAAGCAACUGUAUCGGAUCAAAAUGUGCCAUGAUUAGCUGAAAGUCCUGCUUUACUACUUUUUUUGUUGUUGUUGUUUCUUCCUCAAGGAGAGCCAAGCAGUGAUAUGUACAGAAAAAUGUUAUGAUGAAUGAUAUGAAAAGAAAUCUUGCUGUGUGUAAAUUAUUCAACAAUUAACUGUUUAUAUAAAAGAUUAUGAAUAAAAAAACAUAUUGGAGAAAAAUU